AUGGAGGGCCCUCAAGUGUUCAUCAACUUCCGUGGAGACGAGCUGCGCUUAAACUUCGUGGACUCUCUCGUGAUUGCUUUGAGAGCAGCGAGAAUCAAAAUUUUCAUAGACAGUGACGAGCAGGCGGGCAGAACCUUACAACACUUGUUCGUUAGGAUCGACCAGUCAAGGGUCGCCCUAGCGAUCUUCUCGAAAGAGUACACUACUUCAGAUUGGUGCUUGGAUGAGCUGGUCAGGAUCAAAGAACGCAUGGAUGAUGGCAAACUUACAGGGAUUCCUAUCUUCUAUAAGGUAGAUCCUUCCGUUGUGGGAAAUCUUGAAACCGAUUUUGGUGAUAAAUUCAGGAGACUUAAACGCGAAAAUCGGCAUGAUCAAGUAAGAACCCAGAAAUGGGAGGAAGCCUUAACGUAUAUGACCGGAAUAGUAGGUGUGCACUUGCGUGAAGGAAGUGGUCAGACGGAUAAUAGUUUCAUAGAAGCAAUCGUCACGAGGGUUCAGGCAGUGCUGGCCGAAAUCCCAAGGGAAGGAAACGCUGCUAGUUUCAUGAUCUAUGCAAAGAGAAUCGAGAUUGAACAUGCGGACAAACCCGAAAAUUGGACCUGGAGUUCAAUCCACGAGGCACAAAACGGAAAAGCCAUUGACAUUGCAACAUUGAAAGAAGUUUACUGGAUGAACAUAACAGGGAAUUCUUCAACGAGUAAACUGACACCAGAAACAAAGUACGAAGUUGUGUUCGUGGUUAAGUUCGAUGAGGAUGCAAUUGGAUGGCAUGAGCCGGUGAACUUGACUCUGACACUGACCAUGCGCGAUAAAACCACGAUUCAGCAGAAGGAGACAUGUUUUUUAGACACCUAUGUAGGUGACGAUGAAUGGGUUGACAUCAAGGCCGGAGAAUUUGUGGCACCACCAAAGGAAGCACCCGCCAGGAUAUCUUUCACCAUGUUUCAGCAUGACGACACCGUACGGAAGACCGGACUUGUGGUAAAAGGUGUUGCAUUUCGUCCGUUGGACUAA